GCCAAAACUUGGUACUUUAAUAAGCAUUUAAACAAGAGAAUAUAAACAUUGUCGACCUGCUACACAUCAGCUGUUUUGAAAGGGAAACUUUCAGACACAUCACAACAUGGGGUUUGAUGUGGACAGAUUUUUGGAGACUAUAAAUGAAGGAUUGCUGUGUUGCAUUUGUCGUGACGUACUAGAAGACCCAGUUCAGGCUCCAUGUGAACAUGCAUACUGCAGAGCCUGCAUUGAAGGGUGGUUGGUUCACGAAACGAUUUGUCCAGAAGACCGAAAACCUCUAUCAUCUUUAAGUCUACGACCGCUUUUUAGAUAUAUGAGGAAUGACUUGAAUCGACUUCAGAUUCGGUGUGAAUUCUAUCGCACCGGGUGUGACUAUAUCAGUGAUCUGGAAUUCAUACACGGACAUCAACAGGAAUGUCCUUUCAAGCAAAUCGAAUGCACCAACGUGAAGUGUUCUACUCUCGUAAUGAGAAAAGACCUACAAGACCAUUUAAAGACAUGCCAGUUUCAUGCCAUGGAAUGUCCGAGUGGUUGUGGCUAUUUGAUGGUCACUCCAGAGGACACGACUCAUAAUUGUAUAACUGAACUCAAAACGGCAAUGGACGUACUAAGGUCUGAAAUUUCUUGUAAAUACGAGGAACAAAAAAGAGAAAUGGAACUUCGCUUAAAUAUGCAACGAAGUCACAUGGUACAGAAGGAAGCAACAAUGCAAUCUCAGAUAGAUGAUAUGAAAUCAGAAAUCUCCAAGCUUUCACAGAAGUUGAAAUUAAUGAUGGACCUGGAAAUUCAAAGGAGACAAGAUGUCGAGAAACUGGAACUUGAGAAAAAGGAAUUAAUGGAAGUGUUACGAGAUACAAAUAAGCGGGAAAAUGAACCAUCCUCGUCUGCUAGUCUUAAUGCUAGUGUCUCACAUUGUAAACGGUGUUCACCACUUCAUGGAAAAGUAACAACAAUAUAAUUCAAAGUGAACACAUGUAUAAAAGAUAAAUACUUGGUGUGAGUUGAAUAUACAUGUAUUUUGUCUUCCAAUUUUGGAUUUGAUGUCAUGCAUCAUUUAUCUCAAUUUCAACUUCUAGUACUCGUAGUUAGUUAUACUGUAAGAAGAUGUUGUUGAAAAGAGUAAACAGUUUGUCUCGCAGACACCGACUCGGUACUUAUAUGAUAUUGAACUCUGAUAAUUCUUAAUA